AUAUAAGCCACCUAAACUCACUCUUUGUUCAACACACAAGCUAGCCACUACUGAACCAAAAAAGGAAAGAGGCAAAAGAACAAGAGAUCAGAAAAAUGUUUUCAGAAAACACCCUUUGGCUUAUGCUUGCUAUUUUCUCCCUUAGUGCUUCCAUCACACUGGCCUCUGACCCUGAUCCAGUCCAAGACUUCUGCAUAUCAAACCCAAUAUUUGGUGCCAUCAAAACAUCACAUGACAUGCACUACAUUCUCCCAUGCAAGAACUCCUCCGAAGCCACCACUGAGGACUUUGUCUUUUCAGGACUCAAAAAAGCCACAGGGAACUUCUCAGACACAGGCCUAGCUGUGGUGUCAGCAAGCCCUACCAAUUUUCCAGGACUCAACACUCUAGGCUUGUCUUUUGUGCGAGCCGACAUCGAAGUUGGGGGCAUCAAUCCACCCCAUUUUCACCCGAGAGCCACGGAGCUAGUUCAUGUGGUGCAAGGAAAAGUGUACUCAGGUUUUGUUGAUUCCAACAAUAGGGUGUUUGCUAGAGUACUUGAGCAAGGAGAGAUCAUGGUGCUCCCUAAAGGGCUAGUGCACUUCAUGAUGAACGUUGGCGAUGAGCCUGCCACAUUGUUUGGAAGCUUCAAUAGCCAAAACCCUGGUAUUCAGAAGAUACCUUCUGCUGUGUUUGGCUCAGGGAUUGAUGAGGAGCUUCUACAGAAGGCUUUUGGAUUGAGUUCUAAGCAGAUUGGGACCUUGAGGAAAAAAUUUGAUCCCAAGACAGCAAGGUAGUUCUGUUGGUCUAUGUACCUUUCAGGGUUUGAAUCAUGUCUUGGGGUUUAAAUUUUCUUGCUUUUUUCAUUGUUUUGAAGAGUUUUCAACCUCUUGUCCCACUUUUUGUGUAUCGUUGUAGUAUUAAUUACAAUACUAUAUAAGUAAAGAAUAUGGAGUGCAGCUUGGUCACAUUACCUUGUAUUGAAACUCUGAAGCAGCAAAUAGUCCAUUCCCCUCUCCCCAUAA